ACCUCUGCUCUCGCCUCUCGCCAGUGCAGACGCUCCAUUUUCAGCUUGAAUCACGAAGCAUCUUUAGUCGCCGUCCCGCAUCGAUACGCCGUUCACAAUGGCCGGAGGCAAGGGCAAGUCUUCUGGAGGGAAGAGCUCCGGCGGUAAGACGAGCGCCGAGGGAGCCAAGAAGCAGCAGAGCCACUCUGCCAGAGCCGGUCUUCAGUUCCCUUGCGGCCGUGUCAAGCGUUUCCUCAAGCAAAAGACCCAAAGCAAGAUGCGUGUGGGCGCCAAAGCCGCAGUCUACGUCACCGCCGUCCUGGAGUAUCUGACUGCUGAGGUUCUGGAACUGGCAGGAAACGCAGCCAAGGAUCUCAAGGUCAAGCGCAUCACCCCCCGCCAUCUCCAGCUGGCCAUCCGAGGUGACGAAGAGCUCGAUACCCUCAUCCGCGCCACCAUCGCCUUUGGUGGUGUGUUGCCGCACAUCAACCGCGCCCUCCUGCUCAAGGUCGAGCAGAAGAAGAAGGCCAAGGCCUUGGAAGCCUAAAUUACCUCUUCUACUCCCGCGCUCGAAUCGCUUUCGCUCUUUUUAAUACUUUGAAUACCUUCUACUUCGAAUCGCAGAGCGAUUGACGGGAGAUGGGCUGGGAAUUGUUGAACUG